UAAACAUUUGAAUUACAAAACAAAUGUUUUUUUGUAUUUGAACUGAUUCAUUUAUUUUUUAUAUAAGCUUUUUUAAAUUUUCAUUUCAACCUUUUUUAAUUUAAAUUAUGGAUUUCGUAAUUCCUUCAAAACUAAAUAAUUUAUUAGGAGAUGAACUUCAUUUAUUGCCAUGCAAAAUACAAUGUAAGAGAGAAGCAAAUGUAGAAAAUUACUUUAGACCUUAUAAUGCAGAGCAAAAAGAUUCAGAUGAUAAUGUAAUUUUAAAUUGCUCAUUCCGUGGCAAGCCAUUAAUAGGAAAACAAAUUGAUAUACCAUGUGGAUAUAAAGGUGUGUUCUGUGAAAUAACAAAAGAUAGUUCUGAAGAAAAAGAAUCUUUAAUUGCCAAAAGUAGUUGUGAACAAUUAACAUAUUGGAAUUGGGACAAACAGCCAUCAAAAGAAGACAGUUUUCUAUCAGCACUUGAUUGGAUAAGUGUUUCUGAAGCAUUAAAUGCAUAAAUAUAUAGUAACUUUAUUGUUGUAUGUAAUUAAUGAGUUUCCCUUUUUUUUUUUUUGUGUGUGUGUAUGAUUUUAUCUAUUAUUUUGGUAUAAUUGAUAUGAUAUAAUAAAUAUAAGUACAAUCAUUA